UGACCGUAAUUGUAUUAAAAAAAAAAGGAUUUUAAAAUGACAAAAUAUACAAUUAUAUAAUACAUAAUAUUAGUACGCGCCUUAUCGGUUAAAAAUGUUUGCCGCGUUUUCUAAUAGCCGACUAAUGGCUUAACUAUUGAAAAAGGGUACCUAUUUUACAUUUAAAUACAAUUAUUUUCGUGGUGUUUUCAAGUUUAACAGAACAAUAAAGAUUCCUUUAGAAAUGCUGGACAAUAUUUUAUUACCAGAAAUUUCGUUUAAUACUUUUUCUCAUACUGUGCAUAAUUGUCUUUGCUACUAUUUGCUACUAAUCUGGAAAUAAUCAUUGUAGGCAAAUAUAUGCCAAUAUAUAAGACGUUUGUCGAUAUGAAAUCUAGCCUUUGUGAAUCGAAUUUAUAUCAUAUUGUAUUUGAGUGUGAAUCUGAUUUCGCUGAAAAAAUAUGCAAAGUCAUAAUCGUCCGGGCUUUACUGAUAAGUAUUACAACAAUCACAUUAGCACGUUUACAUUGGUACGAUUAAAAACACAGGCGGGAUAAUAAUUAAUGACAUAAUCGGUGUACAGUUGGUCACCCUGGGCGACUGGACACCUGGUUGAUAGGAGGACCGUGUGGCAGUUUUAAAAUAUUAAAAUUUCUGCGGUAACUGGUACCUAUUUACUAUAUGAUUGUCGGUUCAGUCGGGUCGUGCACCUUGUAGACAACGGUCGUCGAUUCAACGGAACGCCCCCCCCCCUGUCAACCCGUUUCAGCAGCCGGUGUACAGUGUCAUAGUGUUAUCGACAUCGGUUUCCCGCCAUAAACAGAGUGUAGCUGUUCGCGUUCGUCUUAAUUACAAGUCGCCAUCUAGCGGUGAUUUCUUGGACUGUUAAUCGUCGCCCAAACCGUAUCAACGAGGACUACGACCCGCGGUUGUCAACAGCCUUAUCACGUACACUGGCAAGCGCACCUGAACGAUUCAACUCAAACCGAUACUAGUAAGACGGACACCUCGUCGGAUACAAUACAACGUAAUAGUAUUAUAAUGGACACCUCACAAAGCGAUAACAGGAAGAGAAAAAAUACCGAACUUGGAAGCCACGACGAGCCGGCAUUGAAAAAAUUAAAAGACAACAGGAAAUGGACUGGUAGUGGACUGAAGCUGUCAUUCCAUGGCAAUAUUUAUCAACUAAAGAUGUUAAUGUUGUGUUUAUGGCGCGCCAUACAAUGUCAAUACACCAGUUUUCGUUUAGCGUCGGAUUUAUUAGAAGCUGAAAAAUUCGACGAUGUAGUUUUUCAAUACCGAAAAAAUGACGAGGAAAAAUGGAAGUCUCGAUUGCUGCAAGUUAAACAUAAGGAAGGUAGUACUCCCGACGAAGAGUUGUCGAAAAUCACAAAAACCGAUUUAAUAUCAACAGACGAUCAUAACGACUUUAGCCUGCAAAAAUACUUUCGUUCAUAUCUUAAAAUUAAGCAACGGUCGAAAGAAAAUUCGAUUUAUUCUAUAUUUUCAGACGAAUGUGAGAUUGAGGACAUAAUUGUUAUUACUAAUACUAGUUUUGAAAACGAACAAUUUAUAGUUAGUAACUUUAAACCAGACGAGGGAGCUAUAGAGGUCGACGAACUACUCAAGGUGGACAGAAUUAAACAUAAAAAAACCGAAAUUUUUAAAUUACAAACAACAAGUACCGCAGUACUAAUGAAGCAGUUGAAACACAUAUUUACCGUAACGUCAGAUUUUUAUAAAUUGGUAGAAAAAUUAGCUACAUAUAUAAUAGAAAAUAAACCAAUUGACAGAACAAGCGUCUUCAAGGAGUACGACUAUCCAUUAGUAAACGAGGUAUUCUGCAUGAAGCAAACGUCUAGUCGUGAUAAAAAAAGCGAACAUUAUCAACUACAUUUUAAAACUGAGUUUUUAUAUGGGACUGAACAAUCCGAAGGAACCCUACAAUUUAGAAAGGCUUUAUUAAAAGAAAUAGUGUUUAGAGAAUCGUAUAAUAAUAAGGAACUCAAAUUCGCUGGAGCAUCCCAAGACUUUGGAGUAAAUGAAUUACCGACCGGUGACAAAUUAGAAAACUUGACAAAAAAUCUUGCUAGUGUUAUAAAUGGAAAUAAAGAAAUUAUAAAUUAUAAAGAAGUCGGAGAUUUAGAAAAUGAUCACGUCGCUUUAUUAAUUAAUCCAAAAACUAAAAAAAUGUACACAACAAUAAAGGAUACAACGUUUUGGAGUACUUUGAAAAAACACACAGGAAGAACACUUAAACAGUUGAAAGAUCAUGAGUUUACUUUAUCUUCGGAUUUCGAAGAAAAUACUUUACCAAUAGAUAACAUAGAAAAAUUAGAAAUACUAGCGGAAGAGCUUGCCAGUGCUAUUAAUGAAAAUACAGAACUUACAGUUUUUAAAUUUCCAAAUAAUCACAUUGCAUUAGCGAAGGAAGUUAUUGAUAAAAACUUGAAAUCAUUUAAAAAGGGUUUUGUACAAGGAGAAGAUAAUAACAAACACAUACCUCCUAUAUUUAAACUAUUUCGGAUAAUUUUAAUUGAUAAAAUUAUAAGUGACAACGAUAUUAACCUUGAAAAAUUAGAUAAAAUAAAAAUUUACUUUACCAAAGGAUUUGUAGAUGAGUUCAAAACGAAAGUUGAAAGUGAUUGUAAUCCUAAAAAUACUGAAAUCCAAGAAUUAACGAAUCAAUUAUACAAUUUAAUGGUUAAGUAUGAGGAGAAAAAAAUUGUGUAUAUUAAUGCGGGGGAAGAACUUAAGGCGUUUAAAAAGCAUAUUUCCAACGUUUCAAAAGAUGUAUUUAUAAAAAAAAACAACAAAGUUCGUUUUAGCACAAUAUUUUUACUUUCAAAUGAUUUGCCAGAAAUUGUAAUCGAAUUAAGAAAUAAUUUAAAAGAAAAAUUACACGAUAAAUUUGAAUUAAUUUCUGAGUAUGAAUUUAAAAUAGACACGAAGAACUUACAAAUAUUUGAGGAAGGAGCUCUUUCUAAAAAAUUGCCCAUUUUACAUAAUGAUGAAGAUGUGAGAAAUUUUUUUGAAAAAUUGAAAUUUGUAGUAAACUAUCCUAAUAGAAAAAAAGUCGAUGUUCUCUUAGAAGACGAAAUAAAAGAGAAAUUUCAAAAACUAGACGGUAAAGCCUUUAACUCCAUGUAUCAAAAGGAUUUCCUUGAUUGGAUGGCAGACAGAAUUGGAACAUUUUAUACUGUCGACAAGGCAAAACAACUUUUUAAUUCAAUAAAGGAAAACCUUUCAUUUUGGGCUGUAGAAGGUAUAAAUAAGUCUUAUUUUGCAGAUGCAGAUGGCAUUUCCAAAAAGUACUAUGUUGAGUUUGAGGAAUAUAACCAAUUGGAUCUUUUUUUAAAUAAUAAUGAACAACAAAUCUUAAAUAUUGUUUGUUACCCUUUGCCACUUGGUCGCAUAAGGUUGGUACACACAUUUCAGAAAUUACAAAAACAUAAUUAUUCAGGAUUACAUAAAUAUACCCGAGACGAUGGUCAUAUAUUUUUGUAUUCGAAACAAUUAUUGGAUGAGAAAUAUUUUUUGUCAGUUGUAUUGAAAGGUUUCGGAGAUCAGAAAAAGUUCAACUUGAUGGUUAUUGUUUGUAAUACUGAAAAAGCAGAUUCGUCAUUGUGUAGAAAGUUGGCGGAUACUAUAAAGAAAAACGCUAGCAAAAAGAUUAUAUUUCUUACUGAAAAAAACGAUUAUCCUUUAAUUGACGAGUUGGCAGAUAAUGGACAUAAAUGCGAAAAAAUACAAGGCCAAGCUUCUUUUAAAAAUCUCACUGUAAGUUCAAAAAAAGAAUUUUUAAGUAACUCGAUAAUUUUACAAGGGAAGAACAUUUUACUAAAUUGUUUAAUAAAUAAAGAAGAUAUAGUAGGAGAAGCCGAGUCCGUAAUAGAUUCGGACACGUUUGUUAAAAUAAUUAAAAACCAAGUAAUUAGUAUAGGUAAACGACCUGAACCAAUAAGUGACUGGGACAAAGCAUACUAUGAAUAUAACGACAAUAUUUUAGUUAGUAAUCUUGUAUCUAAUUUGUUUGUUGUUAAUAACGAAGGAAACCACGAAAUUGGUCAAAUGCAUACAGACAGAAUCUUUUUAAUAACGAGUACUAAGAAAAUACAAACAAUAAAAAACAUAUUAUCGAAAGAAAUUAAAAAAUUACCUUCAACAGAAGAGACUGUAAACAUUGAUGAUCUAGUAGGUGAAAUAAAUAAUAUCAUAAUAAAUGAUUCUAUAUUCAAUGAUAUUGCAGCUGAUAAACCAGUGAGAAUUUUAAAAAUAAAAGACACAAAUAUUGUUUUUGAUUAUUUUAAACAGCUGUGUCGUAACAAUCCAAAGAAGAUAGUUUAUUGGAUUAAUUGGGAUAAUCAAUUGACUUGGAAAUAUCUAUACAAUCCUAAGUUUUACUUUGAUCGACGCUUUGUGUAUGGAGAUGAAAAAGUAAUUAAAAAUGAUAUAAAAAAUUUGUUGACCAACGAUUCUCUCGAAGAAUAUUUUAUUUUUAAUUUUCAACAAAAAAAAAAUAAUAAAAAUAAACUAAGAGAAAUACUCUGUGGACAAAUGGACGACAAGGACGAAUGGAGUAAGAUAGAAGAUAACAUAAAAAAAGAUAAAGUUAUGCUAUUGAAUACCAAACGUAAGGCCAAAGAGACGUAUAAUAAGUUGAAAACUAUAUUAAAAAAGGAUUGUAAUACCGAGGAGAAUAAAACUAACGUUUAUUGUCUCGAAGUAAGGAAAACAUCAAAUCAGAUUGUUCGUCACCAAGGUUUUGGCGAUCGUUUGGAUGAUCGAUAUACAGAUAGGGAGAAGAGCACUAAAGAUUUGAAAGAGGCUGAGUUUUCAAAGAAAUUAGAAAACAAAAAAACCAUUAUACUCAUCGAUGAACCAGGGAUGGGCAAGUCAACUACCUUGUACAAGCUAGCCGAUGAGAAACAAACUAAAAACUGGGUAUUCCGCAUAAACCUUAAAGAUUGUCAAAAUGCCAUAAACAGAUUGCAUCCAAAAUCCCUCCCCAAUAAAGAAAAAACUGUCCAAUUUCUAUUGGACACGGGAAAUUUUGACACAAAUUUAGUACUAAUAAAAAAUCUAUUACAUUAUCAAUUAUCAUCGAGUAAAAAAAUCGAGUGUCCCCUGUUACUGUUAUUCGAUGGGUUUGAUGAAAUUAAAAGUGACGGCAGGCAAGACCGAGACAAAGUACUCAAAUUGCUAAAGUUUUUGAAGGGCAAAGCUACCGUGUUAAUAACUUCACGAAAUAUUAAAAUAACAAAAACCAUGAUAAGCGAUUUCGAUUUGAUCGAUACCAAAUUUCAACAAUUUGAAGAAGAAGAAAUCAAGAAGAUUUUUAGUUCUUUUUUGAUGAUGCAUCUUAGCUUGUUUGCAAAAGAGAGCGUGUUAAACCGUCACUUUGGGGUGAGUUCGACAUUUUUAGGAAAUGUACUACAACAUAUCAAUCAAUUUCUUGAUAACGAGAGAGACGAGAGAGAUGGUUUUAUCAGAUCACCGUUACAACUGUAUUCGUGCGCAGAGGUUCUUCAAAAUAACAUAGACAAAUAUAUGGAAACUACUAGUUUUGAAAAUGCAGAAAAUUGUGAUAAAAUCGUCCAAGGUCUUGAAGCCAUAUCUCGAGAUGUCGACCUAUCGAUCAUACAUAAGACAAUUAUUGAUAAAAGUUACGAUAUAUACUUUAAAGAAAAAACCGGAACUACAAUUGACGUCGGCGAGUACACCAAAAAGAUUUUUACAAAAGCGUUGUCCAAAAACAAUUGGGUACUGGCGUUUGUGGAGUUGUUGACUGAAAAUACAUACAAACAUUUCUUCCAAGAAAGUACUAUAAAAUAUUAUAGUGAAAAUUUAGGAGAAACCAGUCGUAUAGGAUUGAUAAAGUUAAAUGACAAUAACAAAUUUGAGUUCAUGCACAGAACGUAUGCUCAAUAUUUCGUCGCCGAAGCGGUCCUGGGUAGAUUUCAAAAAUAUUACAACAAAAACGAAGCUAGACCACAUUUGGCAAAACUUUUGUUUCACGAGGACCACAAAGUCGUACGAAGAUUUUUUGAUAAACUGCGCAAACAAAACCCUAUAAACGAAUCGGAUAUAGAAUCGUUAGAACGGUUUUAUCGUAGGGAAGUCAUGAUCAGUAAUUAUGAUAAUAUCGACGACAGUGUCGAUGACGAUGACAUCGACCAUAGUGUUGAUAGUAGUACUACUGACAAUAAUGAUGAUGGUAACACUACCGACAACAGUAGUGAUGAGGGUUCAUACCUAUAACCUUCCUAAAUAAUUAAGGUUCGAGGUAAGAACAGGUUCCAGAGUAUUCGCACUUCAUCCAGAUACAUCAAUACACACGCAUAUGUCCUGCAAUCUACUAUCUUGAAUGUCUUAUCUCUAAUCUAUUAUCAUUAAACCACUAUCUCUAUUAAUUCAUCUCCAUAGUCCUUAAUAAGAGAGAGAGAGAAUUAUAACUUAUGUUUAAAAAUAAGACACGUGUCACAAAAGUGUUAUAUAAUUGUUUUUUGUCUAAACUAAAAUUUCCAAAAAACGUAUGAUUUAAAAUGUUUAAAAAAAAAUUGUGUAGAAUUUUGAUUUCAUUAAAUUAUUGUUAAUCAAAAUUAUCGGGUUCGGAAUUAUGGAGGUUAAUAAGUAUUAGAAAAAUUAUUUUGUAAAUUAUAUAUCGUUCCUAUA